AGACUGGCCAGUGGAGGGGAAAGGAUCAGUCCAAUUGGAAUCUGAGUAAUGGUGGGUGAUGGGCACACAUACAGUAUAUCAAGAGGGAAUCCAACAUUAGAGAGCUGUUUUCCAGAGAUGCUCCAGGAGAAGGCCUCAGCUGUGACGGAUGACAGUGUGACUGGGGUCCAAUCUGGAGGGCCCCCAGAUCUCAGCCCUGACUCCUCACACUUGGGCCUGCCUACAACUCCUAGCACCCCCCAGGGCAAUGAGCCAGACCAGAAUAUUGAGAACAUCAAGGUUCUUCUUCAUGAGAGGGAGCUGUGGAAGAAGUUCCAUGAGGCGGGAACAGAGAUGAUCAUAACGAAAGCAGGCAGGAGGAUGUUCCCCAGCUACAAGGUUAAAGUGACGGGCAUGAACCCGAAAACAAAGUACAUCCUCCUCACAGACAUUGUCCCCGCCGACGACCAUCGCUACAAGUUCUGUGACAACAAGUGGAUGGUGGCAGGCAAGGCGGAGCCGGCCAUGCCAGGGAGGCUCUAUGUCCACCCAGACUCCCCAGCUACAGGAGCCCACUGGAUGAGGCAGCUGGUGUCCUUUCAGAAGCUAAAACUCACCAACAACCACCUGGACCCCUUUGGGCAUAUCAUCCUGAACUCGAUGCACAAGUACCAGCCUCGGCUCCACAUCGUCAAGGCCGACGAGAACAACGCCUUUGGGUCUAAGAACACAGCCUACUGCACUCACGUGUUUCACGAGACAGCCUUCAUCUCUGUCACCUCCUACCAGAACCAUAAGAUAACUCAGCUGAAGAUCGAGAACAACCCGUUUGCCAAGGGUUUCCGUGGCAGCGACGAAGGGGACCUGCGUGUCUCCAGACUCCAGGGAAAAGACUACCCAGUGAUUUCUAAGAACAUGGUUCGCCAGAGGCUCCUCUCCUCACAUGGUCACCGGACGGGGAAGCUGGGUGCUGGGGUGCACCUGUCGGGGCACCCCCAGGUCCUCUCCCACUACCAGUACGAGGGUGGGGUGCCCCUGGGGAACUCAGACCACCAGGAACACAUCUCCAAUUCCUUCCCUCCAAGCCGAGAGCCCAGCCUGCUCUACCACUGCUUCAAACACAGAGAUAACACCAGGCACUUGGAACUGGGUUGUAAACGGCCAUAUCUGGACACAGCACUUCCAGCAGUCUCAGAGGAACACUACUUCUGCUCUCCUCCCACCUACGAGCCUCCACUGCUGUCCCACCCCUAUUGCGGUGAGGCCAUAAGCUCCAGGGAGGCCUGUAUGUACGGAGGGAUGGAGGGAGAGAACGGGCACAGGGCUGGGGGUGCUGACGACCUGGCUCCCCCCUCUCUGAACUGCAACAUGUGGGCGUCGGUGCAGCCUUACCCGCGGUACAGCGUGCAGACAGUGGAGGCCGUCCCCUACCAGCCCUUCACUGCUCACUUCACCAGUACUGCCACCGCCACCUCCGUGGUGCCCCACCACAUCCCCACCGGACCCCCUCGCCCCCAGUCCGACAUAGGAAUUUACAGUCCAGCCACAGCACAGCAAGGCCUGGCCACAAUCCCCUCGUCGUCCUCCAUCUCAUCUUCCUCUCCACCGGUUGCUGGUUCCAGGGGUAGCAGGCCGGUGGUCCAUCCUCCUCUGUACCACAGGAAGCCUGGGCCUGGGUCUCCUCUCCGGCCUCACAGGGAGUUCUUCCCAACACAGAGCACCCCCCCAUCCAUCCGGGACCCGUCCUACCAGUACCAGAUGGGGCAGAGCAGUGUAGGGGCCCACUGGAAUGAUAGCUAGGGCUAGGGAGUGCUGUGUGGCUCCUGAGGCAGCGGCGAUGUCCACCCAUCCGGUCAGUUCAGAAUCAGCCACCCAACCAGCCAACUUUGAACUGCCUGUGAGGCAUCUGAAAUUAGAUUAUGUUGAAAUACAGCCAUGAUGACCAUGAUGAAGCCAUAGUAGUUUAGCAUGAGGAGAAGCAGAUCAGAGUGACCAAACUCCAAUAGAAGCCUACAUCUGCCUAAAAGAUCUGCACCUUCAGAUCCAUGUUGUCCUGACUGGAGGAGCAUUGUGCCUGUGAUGAUGAUAAUGAGUAUUCCAGAGGAAGAACCCCUCUAUAGAAUUAUGUAAAAGCUUGCCAUAUAAUGGCUUAAAAAAAUCAUCUAAAACGUUCAAUGUCAAACUGCCAAAAGGAGAUGUGUUCAGCAAAGUGAAAAAUAUCCAUUAUGCCUUUGAAGUAGUGUGUUUAUGGUAAAGAUGGACAAGUACCAGUAAUGAAUUGAUUAAAGUUUCUAAGAAAAACAUUUAAAUGCAAAACUUGAUCAUAUUAUUAUCAGCAAACGAGGGAGUGAGACAUGGAUGUGUAUGUGUAAAGAGAUUGAAGUAACAGGCCAAGUGUUUUGUUGAAACUUUGAGUAAAGCCUUCAUUUAAUUUUGCCAUCUCUGCUUGUAUUGAGAUACUUUGCCAGUUAGAAAUCUGUUGAACUUGUAAACAUGGGCUGCAGGUAAACUACACAACAAGCCCA